AUGUUCCAGCAUGCCCUGGCCUUGGCUUUUGCUGUCAAUGAGAUCAAUGAGAAUCCUCAGAUCCUGCCAAAUGUAACCCUCGGGUUCCACAUCUCUGACAGCUACUCUGAGGAAAGGAUGACUUACCGGACCACCCUGGACCUGCUUUUCAAAUCACAGAGAUUUGUCCCUAACUACAAAUGUGAUUCCCAGAGAAAUGUAAUAGCCAUUGUUGGUGGAUUUGAUGCUGCUGUCUCCUUCCAUAUGUCAAAUAUCUUAGGUUUCUACAAGACUCCACAGCUCCACUCACUUCUUCAAAACAUUUCCUUUAAUAAUUCAGCUGGGAGAACUAUGUCCUUUAAUAAGAAGAAGGAAAUGGGGACUGGAUUUGACAUCAUGAACAUGGUCAUGUUUCCCAACAAGUCCAUCCUCCAAGUGAAAGUUGGAAGGGUGGAUGUAGAUGCUCUUGAAGGAAAAGGAUUCAUCAUUCAUGAGAAUAUGAUUGUAUGGCAUAGACAUUUUAACCAGGUGGUGCCCGUUUCUGUGUGCAAUGACCCCUGCCCCCCUGGUCAGCAGAAGAAAAAGAAGGAAGGGGAGAAGUUUUGCUGUUACGGUUGUGCUCUUUGCCCAGCAGGGAAGUUUUCCAGCCACAAAGAUAUGGAUGACUGUUUCACAUGUCCAAAAGAUCAAUAUCCAAGCAGGAACCAGGAUGGAUGCAUCCCUAAAAUCAUAAGCUUCUUAUCUUUUGACGAACCUCUAGGAAUCAGCCUGCUUUCACUUGCUUUUUCUCUCUCCAUGAGUACAACCUUAGUUCUAGGAGUGUUUAUUAAACACAGAGAUACUCCCAUCAUCAGAGCCAACAACAGGGAUCUCACCUACAUUCUCCUUGUCGCCCUCCUGCUCUGCUUCCUUUGCUCUUUGCUGUUUCUAGGAGAACCAAGCAAGGGGACGUGCUUCCUCCGGCAAUCUGCUUUUGGCAUCAUCUUCUCUGGGGCCCUGUCCUGUGUGCUAGCCAAAACCCUCACUGUGGUGGUAGCUUUCAUGGCCACCAAACCAGGGUCCAGCUUGAGGAAAUGGGUGGGGAAAAGGCCAGCCAGCAUCAUGGUCAUCUCUUGCUCCCUCAUUCAAGUAAGCAUUUGUACAGUGUGGCUAGGAACCACUCCUCCUUUCCCAGAUUUGGACACUCAGUCACUGACUACUGAGAUUAUACUAGAAUGUAAUGAAGGCUCUGUCCUUAUGUUUUACAUUGUCCUGGGCUACAUGGGUCUUCUGUCCUUCAUAAGCUUGCUUGUGGCCUUCGUUGCUCGGAAGUUGCCAGAUAGUUUUAAUGAAGCCAAAUUGAUCACCUUCAGCAUGCUGAUGUUUUGCAGUGUUUGGUUGUGUUUUGUUCCAACCUACCUGAGCACCAAAGGGAAACAGAUGGUGGCUGUGGAGAUCUUCUCCAUCUUGGUCUCCAGUGCUGGAUUACUGGUUUGUAUCUUUUCCCCAAAGUGCUACAUAAUUGUGCUGAGGCCUGAACUGAAUAAGAAGGAUCAACUUAUGAGAAAUAAUUAA